GAAGGCGCCCUUCCCAUGGGAGCUGCUUUUGCACAACAGCUGGCAGGCAAAAAUACGCGUUGCAUGCAAUUAUGGUUCGGUAGACGCUGUUAUCUGGGUUCUUGAGGAUUUCACAGUUUUCUGUGCGUGUGUGAUGUGUGUGGGUGUGUUUGUGUGCUUGAACAAAAUGGCUGAUUUGGAACCCUCCGGAUCAGACGGGGGCCUGAUGAACAGUGCGACCUUGUGCACUUGGAACAUGGGAAUUGCAAUAGAUAAGUCGAAGAGGAAACAAAGAACGCGGUUCUCCCUCUAGAAAUAAUAAUGUUGACUUCUUCCAAGCAGGACGUCUUGUGCUUCUCUCCCUGGCUGAUUCGUUCCCUUUUUUGUCCUCAUGCUCCUCUGUUUUAUCUCACUCUCUUUUUUCUGCUUUGCAAGCUGUAACGUGUUAUCUCUGCAGAUUCUCAACACUCCCAUGAAUUGACUGUCGCUUGACUGUUCUUGAAAUGCACGUGGCUUGCGCUGGGUUGCCAAGGCGGGCGGCUGCCUGUAGGCUGACGUGUUUUCUCUUCUCCGCUCCCCCACUCCUUCUGGCUUAAUUGCUGCAGGUUCCGCUUUGUGCCAAGCCCGGGGGAGCUUAGGAAGGGCUGUUCUGCACAGGCCCACGCUGCGAGGGGCACCAGAGGUGGGUGGGCUGCUCACGUGACCCCUUUAUUCCCUUGGGGACUGAGUUGAGACAGCAGGACGACAUGCACGCACAGGGGCUGAACCAUGGCUUGCGGCUGAAAGGUGCGGCAUGGUGGGUCUGAACCCAGCUGAGAGCAUGACCCGUGGAUCAAGAGACCCCGUGCUUCCUUGCUGGGUUGUGGACUCUGGGUUAUUCACCGUGGUUUGUUACCUCAGCUGGGUCCAGGAAACACCAUAACCUAUGUUCCACAAGAGAAGGUUGGGGGGGGGCGGUUCUGUGAACCAUCCAGGAAGGGACUUGGGAGCACCCCCUUUUUCUUCAUGGUGCCUGCAGUCUAGCGAACGUUGGGAGAAUUCAUCCCAUUGAACGCAGUUCGAGGCAUUUGCUGACCUGUAUUUCUGUGCUGUGCUGUAUUCCCGAAGGCCUGCCGGUCCCCCGUGCCUCCUCUUGCCACGGAGAGUGGCCGGUCCCACAGAAUGCGAUUUUUUUAAAGUCAGAGACCUUAUUUUCUUUCCUGCCAGUAAUCGGCAGCGUGCCUGGGACAAAUUUCUCUCCAUACGAAAGCUUUGGCUACUGGGCACUAUAGAAAUGAACUAAAUAGCAGCAGCAGCAACUAACUUCCUGGGGAAGCAAGUAUGGCUCUGCCUGGUGCCCAAGUGAUGAGGGUGCUGCCUCCCCAAGGGAGUCUCUUAUUGAACACGGGGCCACUACUGGGGAGGCCCCGUUCCCAAACUGACCGCUUCGCAGGCAUGUGUUGGAGGGGGCACAGAAAGAUGGGAACCUCUGAGGCAUCAGGUGCUGUGCAGGUACAUCCAGAUGUUUGGCCUACAAAUCCCAUCAGCUCCAACAUAGCCAAUGGCAAAAGGACGAUGGGUACUGUAAGCCAAAACAUCAAACAGUGGUCCCCACGCCUGGUACCUUCAGCAGAGACCAAACCGCUGAUUUUCCAUAAAAUCAGAACGUUGCACACGGGCGACUUUGAACUGAAGCACAGGGACCCUAGAAAAGGCCCAGGGCUCUGUUGCCCAUCUGCAGAGGCCCUGCUUCCCUGCCGCAGCUGCAGCGUUCCGCUAAAUAAAUACAGUGCCGCCAGGCAGGCGGGAAGCUGCGGAGGGCCCAGAAACGGCCGGAUCACGUUGCCCAGCUGCUCCGUGAGCAGUGUAUCCACAGCACGCGGCUGUUCGGAGGACAGGGCAGGCGUGGAAGCGGGCAGCAGCUGGCCCACCUUGCGGCGCCGAUUGCCCAAGCUGCGGAGGGCACGUUUCUGACCCGCGCGCUCAGUGCUAUAUAAACGCGAAGAGCGAAUGCUCUGAAGAAUUGCGCUCUGCAGCGGGCGCCUAAGAUUGUGCUCGCCGCCGGCCUGAUUGCAUUCCUCUCGCUUUCUUCUCAUCUGACCCCAUUUCCUCCAUUUACACGACCUCGUGCCAAUCUGCUUCCUUUUUUGGUGCAGUUUUGAUGUGGGCUUCAGAGGAGGAUACAGGGUCAUGGCAGCAGCUCAGAGUGCUGCGGGCACCGUUCCCAGUUAAUGGAAUCAACUAUUUAUAUACAAUGGCUGGCAGAAUUCCCACAAUGCAGACCCUAAAGUAAAUAGGAAACCAGUGUUGGGUGCAGGAAUCUGGUAGUCCGUCCGUCCGUCCGUCCAUCCGUGUGUGUGUGUGUGCGUGAAAUGCAUUUCUGGGGUUCUCAAGCGCAGUACAAACGGUUGGACAGGAAUGCUUUUCUCCGUUCAGAAAGCAGGACCUGCGGAAGCCACACACUGGUAGCAACAUCAGUGUCAUUGGUUUCCUCGACUGGAUGCAUGCUAGGAAGUUUGCUCCGGAUUGGUUGCUCACUGCUUAUGGGGCUUCACCGUGAUGCACUCAGAUUCUUGCCAUAAAAAUAUAUUUUGGUGACAUUCUGUUGUGCAGUAGAACAUCCCUAACUGGGCAUCACAGAUGGAGGGCUUUUCCCAGCCACGCUCUCCCUGGACACUGGCAGCCACCUCUGAGGCCUCCUUCCAUACGCCAACCCUGAGGAAGGCUCAGAGGCCGCCGGCGAGAGGAAGGGUCUUUCAGUGGCGGCCUCUCCAUCUGUGGGAUCGUCUCCCCACUUAAGCCUGCCUGGCACCAACUCGGCCAUCAUUUCCGCACCAGGUUAAGACGAACCCUUUUCCACUUGACAUGUUAAGACAUACAUGGAUAUUUAAUGGCUGUGAAGGGAGUAAGGACGCAGCUCCACUGGUUAGAAUGCUGCGUUAUGUGCUUUAGCUAUUCGAUCCCAGUCUCUGAUCCUGGUUUGCAAGGCAAGCAUAAACCAGUUUGGUGGCUCUGGCACCAGGAAAGGAACCUGGGAGCCAAGACCCAGGCAUUAAACCACAAAUUAAUUGUAAAGAUAUAGGUGUUUAAAUCAAUCUUCGUCCUAUUCAAUAGGCACAAGUGGAGUGAUGUGAUAGCUAUUCAGUCUGGGGGGUUGUUUGCUUCCAGAGUGCCGUGUUGGUCUUGUUUGCGAGGUCUCCUUUCAUUCCUGUAUCUACCUGCAUUUCCAGCAAGCUUUAGCGAGAAAAUGCCAUAUUUCUUCCUCAAGAUAGCUAUUUAAUGUAGCAUCUGGAUUCACUUUAGCUGCAGGGCCCAGAAAAACAUUUGCCAAAUGGACUUUAGAUUUACUACAAGACGGAUUGUUCCAAAUUGGUGUCUUCCCUCUCCAGACUCAGGGGAUGAUAAUUUAAUACUUGUACCAUAUUGCAUGUUUCAUUCUCUCACCCUGCCGAGAUCGCGCUAACGGCGCUGUCUAACCGCCAGGAAAAGCGUGUCUUCUGUGCUGUAUGAUGAGUGGAGGGCAGGCAGAGGGAGAACUGGUGGGCCAGCGGUGAUCUUGUCCACAUUUGGCUUCCGCACGUGCCCCUGAUGCAUUUCCUCUCUGGCUUUGCCCCUUGGCCAAAGAGGGCGCCUUUCCCUGGUCUGAGAAGUGCCCCCAAGCCGGAGCCGCGGCGACUCACCCCGUGGGGCCACAGUUCUUGCCCCACGACUCCUGGCACACUAUACGGCGAGGCGGCCCGGCAAGGUCACCUGGCCGCCUUGGAGCCAAAGCGCACCCUGCACUGCAGUAACGGUCCUGCCCCCUUGUUUUGCCGCAGCAUCCCAGGGGGCCAGCCGCCUCCCCGAGGAAUGACGCCGGUGAGCCCACCAUGAGAACAUGCAGCUCCGGCAGGCCUGACCUCGGGAGGCCGCGUCUCCACAAUGAGCCGCUCAGCGCCUUCCAGGAGUCUUCCAGCAUCCUGCCUCGCACGCCGGCGCUGAAGGCGCACCGCGCAAGCGGGAUGGAUUCUUUUGUGGUGGUGAUGGAGUACGGUCCAGCGUCCACGCCAGGCCCGGGGGGAGAGCUGGGGGACCAGCUCAUGGACCCGUGCGAGGAGCCCCCGGUGGCACCAGGAGCCAGAGGACUCGAGCCGAAGGGCUGCCUUGGAGGCACCCAGGAGGGCCCCUCGAGAGAGAUGAGGGAAUCCCGCGUCAAACUGAGCCUGUCAAGUCGCAAACUCUCUCUCCAGGAGAAGUCUCAGUUCGUCCAGUCCCCUGGCGGUAACGCGGGGGUCAACGGGCGCUACAUUUAUCCUUCCCUGCCUUACUCCCCAGUUACAUCUCCACAUUCUUCACCUCGUCUUCCCCGGAGGCCGACAAUAGAAUCCCACAGAGUGUCUAUUACGGGAUUGCAGGACUGCGUGCAGCUCAAUCAAUACACCCUGAAGGACGAGAUCGGAAAGGGCUCCUACGGGGUUGUGAAGCUGGCGUACAACGAGGACGACAACACUUACUAUGCGAUGAAGGUGCUUUCCAAAAAGAAACUCAUGAGGCAAGCGGGAUUCCCACGCCGCCCACCCCCUCGCGGUGCCAAGCCCCCCCUGGAAGGCUUCUGCCAACCCAAAGGGCCCAUCGAGCAGGUCUACCAGGAAAUCGCCAUCCUGAAGAAGCUCAACCAUCCCAACGUGGUGAAGCUGGUGGAGGUGCUUGAUGACCCCAGUGAGGAUCACCUGUAUAUGGUGUUUGAACUUGUGAAAAAAGGGCCCGUGAUGGAAGUUCCAAGCCUGAAACCGCUGAAUGAAGACCAGGCACGAUUCUACUUCCAAGACCUGAUCAAAGGCAUUGAAUACUUGCAUUAUCAGAAGAUAAUCCACAGGGAUAUUAAGCCUUCCAACCUUUUAGUCGGGGAAGAUGGUCACAUCAAGAUAGCCGAUUUUGGCGUGAGCAAUGAGUUCAAGGGAACGGAUGCCCUGCUUACCAACACAGUGGGCACCCCGGCAUUCAUGGCACCAGAAACCCUCUCGGAAACCAGGAAAAUAUUUUCUGGCAAGGCUUUAGAUGUCUGGGCGAUGGGCAUCACGCUGUACUGCUUUGUCUUCGGGCAGUGCCCCUUCAUGGAUGAGCGGAUUCUGAGUUUGCACAGCAAAAUAAAGAGCCAGAUGCUUGAAUUUCCUGACCAGCCUGACAUUUCUGAUGAAAUGAAGGAUCUGAUCACGCGGAUGCUGGACAAAAACCCAGAAUCCAGGAUCACGGUCCCAGAAAUUAAGAAGCAUCCUUGGGUGACCAAGAAUGGCAUGGAGCCGUUGCCGACCGAAGAUGAGAACUGCACGCUCAUUGAGGUGACAGAGGAAGAGGUCGAGAAUUCAGUCAAACACAUCCCAAGCUUGGCCACAGUGAUCCUGGUAAAAUCAAUGAUCAGGAAAAGAUCUUUCGGGAACCCGUUCGAGGGAAGUAGAAGAGAUGAGAGAUGUCUGUCCACGCCAGGGCAUUUGAUCAGGAAGCAGAGCAGUGACGAGAACAUGAAGCACAUCGGUGAUCUUCCAGACGGGGGCAAGGAUGGAUUGCUGUCUUGAAAACCAGCCUUCUGGGCUGCCGUGCACCUGCUCCUCCUCCCCGUGGCCCCUUUCCCCCUUCCCCCCUUCUUAACAAAGCAUGCAUCCGCAAAGGGAGACCGUCGCGGCGCCCGAGUCAAACCCGCCAGCAUUACGUGACGCUGGUGCUCGUACUGAUGCUGAAUGUAGAGUGUUCGUGAUUGCAUGCUGAACAAACCAGGAGUCACCCAUAGUAGGGUCGCAAACGGUAAUUUUGGGAGCCAGGCGCCUGCCGGGAGCCGUUGUGUGGAUGGAGCGCCACGCCUGUCGUUCGGAAAGGCGAAGGGGCAGCAAACGGGAUGGGGAGAGGAGGAACUCUCAGGCCAAACCUUUCACAAAGACUCUGGCCCCACCUUGCGAGCUGAGCAUGAGGUUUUCUGCCAAGCGGGGAUGGAGGGAGUUUGCUUCCUGCCAGUAACAUGCAUCUUUUCUUCCUUUGGUAUUUAUAUAUUAUGAUGUUUUUUGUAUUGAUACUUUUUACUGCAUGGAAAUGAAACAAACAAAAAUGUCGCAUCAGGGUCUUCGGUAACAUUUGGCCUUUUGCAUGUAGGUUGUCCGUGACUUUGAGAGAGGUCAGCUGGAUUUUCCUGAAGGUAGAGGCUUGUAUGCAAAACUGCGACAGCAGUGUGAUUUGUGGUGCUGAGAGUUACCCCAACAGUGUAAGGCGAAAGACUGUCUUUUUAAAACUUUUUUUUAAGGGCUCAGUGUAGCAGAAUUCAUGGCUUGCUAGCUUCAGAAUGGCUGUGUUCAAGCACAAUUGAAAACAUGUAUUGUUGAGUGAAACAGAUAUUCUGCCCAGUUGAGGAAGCAUUCACUAGAACUGACUGCUACUAAUUUAUUUGAUCUGUCUCAAUAUGGCAUGUACAAAAUUCAGGCUUUUUAACAAAUCACUGAUGCAAAAUGUCCUGGUAUGUUACAUUUUACAGAGCAACACACAGCUUUUUCAGUUUUUAAAUAUGCUCCAAGGAACUUUACCAAAAUAAGAUACAGAUUUCACUAAUAUCCACUAUUCUACUCAGUUUGUAAACUACUCAUGCCCUGCUUUUUCUUACCUUAAAAAUGUUUGUUUUUCUUCUUCUUCAAAUGGGACCAAUAUUAUGUAUUCCUGCAUUUAUACCUAUUAGCUGAGGAGCAUUCUGUUCAGAUUCACUGGGAUCAGCAAAUUAAACACUAACCUUAUGUGUAAAUAUA